UGUUGAGACUCGAUUUCAUAAUCAUAUUGCAACCCAAUUUUGCUGUCUAAGCACAAAAAAGGCUGAAUUUGCAAGAUGUGGUAAGUUAGAAGAUGCUAACGUUCAGGAUACGUAUUUUUCAGCUAUAAAGGCUCGAUUUCGCCACAGAGCUGUCACUUUUGGGCCGGUCACUUGCCUGAGGACAGUUGCUAGUGAGUUACAUUUACUAAGGCAAUACAUUGUUGCCAACUCUUGUGGAAGUUAAGUGGGGCCAGCUAAUAAAGAGGAUCUCCUUCGUUUGUGGUGCUUUCCAAGUCGUCUAGGUGUGAACCAUCAUCUUUGACACCACCAUGUUGAGAAACUUCAAAGACGGUGUUAUGUCCUUCCUGGGCGCGUCGAGCGAGGCUGAUGGGACAAAAUCUGGGAGUGACAGUGACUCAGCCAUGGAGCCUGUACCCCAGUCCGAGCCCACGGAAGCAUCCCAGGUUCCUAACAGUGCUGGCGGCUUCUCUUGGCAGGUUAGCGAUUUGGACCAGCUCCGUCGAUUUCUUGUCCUUGGAUGCGAGGGUGGGACGUACUAUGCCUGUGAAAAGGACCUGAAGGAUAUGAACGUUGCUGUGAUCGACAAAAUGAUAAAAGAAAAUCGUGGCAUUGAAGUUGUAGGGUUGGUCAAACAGUACAGUGUUGAGGGUAGGACCGCUAAGCAGGACUCUAUAUUGCUUGCCCUUGCUAUAUGUACGCGCCAAGAUGACAAGGCGACGAAGUCUGCCGCAUAUGCUGCCUUGCCCGAGAUCUGUCGCAUCCCGACACAUCUGUUUCAGUUCAUAGAGUAUGCAGAGAAAAAGAGUAAAGAUGGUACAGGAUGGGGGCGUGCACAUCGCAAAGCAAUCUGCAAAUGGUACAACAGCUUUAAAAAGAAUCCCAAACGUCUUGCUAUGCAUGUCACUAAGUAUCGUAACAGGAAUGGUUGGACGCACAGAGACGUAUUCCGUCUUUCCCACCCAAAACCAGAAUCUGAUGCAAUAGGCUCUAUCGUCAAAUACGUCAUCAAGGGCCUAGAAACUGCCAAAAAGGACUAUUCUAGUGAUACCAGUGCUGAGGAUACCAUUGCUGUACUAGAAUUCCUCAGUGCUGUUGAGAAGGCCAAAGAUUCAAAUUCUGAAGAUGAGGUAGUUGAACUGAUCAAAAAGUUUGGACUUGUACGAGAACAUGUUCCCACAGCAUUGUUGAAUUCUGUCAGUGUGUGGGGUGCCUUAUUGAAGGACAUGCCCAUGACAGCUUUGAUUAGAAACCUCAAUAAAAUGACUGCUGUCGGUUUAGUCGGUAUUGGCAGGGAGGAGACUAAAUUGGUAACAGACAAGCUUCUCAACCAGGAUCUGUUGAAGAAGGCCAGAAUUCAUCCUCUCAAUGUGUUGGUUGCAAUGAAUACAUACAAAAGGGGGAGUGGGGAGAAGGGCAAACUAACAUGGUUACCUGAUCAAAGUAUUGUAAGCUCAUUAGAAGAAGCUUUCUAUCUGUCCUUCAAGUUUGUCGAGCCAACAAACAAGCGCCAUCUACUGGCUGUUGAUGUGAGUGGGUCGAUGAGUUGUGCAAUCUCGGGAACUGUCGGCAUUUCAUGUGCCACUGCCUCCGCAUGUCUUUCGAUGGUCACUGCUCGCACCGAGUCCAACUUUGAGGUUGUUGCCUUCUCUCAUAAGCUGACAAGCGUCAACAUAACACAACGCAUGACCCUGAACCAGGUGACAAAAACAUUUAAUAGAAUACGGAUGGGGGGAACAGACUGUGCCCUUCCGAUGACUUGGGCUGCACAAAAUAAGAAGAAGUUCGAUGUGUUUGUAGUCUACACUGAUAGUGAGACUUGGUUUGGGAAUAUCCACCCAGCAGAGGCUCUGCGCCAGUACCGCAUCAAGAGUGGGAUUUGGGAUGCAAAGUUGAUUGUUUGUGGCAUGGCGGCUAAUCAAUUCACAAUCGCUGAUCCUUCUGACCCAGGUAUGCUUGACAUGGUCGGGUUCGACUCUGCUGGCCCAGAGAUUAUGCGCAACUUCACACUUGGCCAAUUGUAAGUGCAGUUGAGAAGAAAACUUGACUGAUGUAGUCAUAUGAUGAACUAUUAAAAGCACAAUGUAUCUACUUAAACUAUUACUAAUGUGAUGCGAGGGCAUGUAUGUAAAUUCUUGCUGUUCACACUUGGGUAGUAAUAACCAGUUGUAAAUACAUGUAUGAUCCCAAAACAAUGUAUGUAGCAAUAGCCUGUGCUGCCACAUGUAGUUGUACAAGUCGAUAUUGUAUUAAUUUGUAACUUUUAUAAUAUUAAUUAAACAAUUAGUUACUGCUAGAGCCAUCUGGAAGCUUAUACUCACGCAUGUGUUGACACUUUAUUGACUGAGGACUGAUCCUUCCUAUUGUUUUUUUUAGUCCUAUACGUUUUCAUGUUAUUAUCAUUAUAUUGGUAGACAGUACUGUAACCUACAUGGUAUUUAGAGUGUUAAAAUGUCUCAAUGAUAUACAUGUAUAUGCAUGGUGUUGAAGUUGAAGUAAACUUCUGUUUUCAUGCAUUGAUGUGCACCCCAGUCCAUCAACAGCAGUCUCAAAUUUUAAAUACAUUUAUGCAACUUAUACAUAUAAAAAAAGAGGUAUGUUGCUUGAUUAUUGUAUAAGGGGAUGUAUUAAAAGAUUUAAAAUAAGGGAGUUGAAGGUGCUUUUUUAGUAUAAUUUUGCAAUUUUUACUCCUUGUAGUGUGAGUAAUACGAUUAUACAGUAUAUAAACACUGUAGUGUGAUAUUCUAGAAAUGUAUUUAUUUUACAGUUUUUACAUUGUGUUGUGUAUGUAACAUUCUCUUGUAGUUAUAUUUGCAUGAGAAUGAUUUGAAAUCCCAGAUCAAUAAUAAACCAGUUCGUAGAUUAUAA